UGGCAGAACUUGUGCACAAACUCCAUAACCGUCGUUCUCUAAGAAUGAAAUAAGUUUAAGGAACCUAGACAGAACAGGAAAUUUCAUCGAAACACAAAAGAAUAAUAUUUCGAUCAUCAUUACUGGUUCAUUCGUCAUUCAUUCGUUCGUCAUUCGUCAUUCUUGGAAUCUCAAUUUGUUUACAAAUAGUUUUCCCCUUAGUCUGACACCGUUAGAACCAAAAAAUCACGUUGGAUUGCCACUCCCAGAUACUUCAGUGAAAAUGGCAAACCUUCGGUUUGCAUCAGUGUUAGCCUUCAUGAUUGUAUUUAUAGUCUGUGUACAAAAUGCUGAUGGCUAUAAAAUGUGCAAAAGAAAAAGUAUAUUUGGAGUCAAAAGCUAUUUUACCUGCCCAGAACCAGGACAAACUCCUGACAUGGUGUUCUGUUGUGGAGAUGAUGAUGACCUUGGAGGGGAAUUUUGCUGCCGAGGACUUACUAUAGACAAUGCCCUGAGGAACCCUUUGAAAAGUAUUGGUUCCAUAAUUGCUACUGUCGCUGGAGUUAUUGGUUUCGUGAUCAUUCUCCUUGUAAUAUGCUGCUGCAUCUGUCCCUGUUGCAUUCUUUAUAAGCGAAGAACAGGUGGAACUGUUUACCGAUCCACUGCAAUACCAAAUUCAACAGGGCCUUCUAAUGUUAAUGUCACAGUCGUUCCUGCUCCUGGCGCAGGAAUGGCACAAGGCCCCCCUUCUGUAGGAUUUACAGCCCAACCGGGUGGCAAUCAAGGAACUGGGUAUCCGAUGCAACCGAAUUAUGCACCCCAACCUGGCUAUCCCAUGCAGCCUAACUAUCCAACACAACCUGGUUAUCCUCCUCAGCCUGGUUAUCCUCCCCAACCGGGCUAUCCGUCCUAUCCACAAAAUGCUGGUCCAGCUAACCAAACACAAUUUGGUCAUCCUCAACCAGGGUACUAUUCAGAUCAGCCGCCCCCAUAUCCUGGGUCUCAAGACGCAUAUCAAAAACAGGCUGCUUAUAAUCCUGGAUAUUAAUUUCAAUUUUGUUUUGGGUUAGCGUUGUUUUAAGGGUAUUACUCUAUUCUAGAUUGGUUACACUGUAACUGCACGAUUCAAGGAAACCCUUUUUUUUUUCUCUCUAACGUGUACAUUACUGAGUCUCGAAAGAAUCUCCUUUUUGUUGUGCGAAUUUUUUUUCUGCCGUUGUAACUUCCAUUAUUCGACAUUUCUCUUUUCCUGCCCUUUUCUCGCUUUAUUCUGGUGUUUCAAAGUGACCAUUUCAGGUUUCCUUGUUUCAUGUGAUGUCUAUACAAGAUUUCGCGUAUAAAUUUGUUACCAAUUUCG